CCACCUUAUUGUUCCCUGCAUAUCAAUGUCAUUACAUUGAGUUGAAAAGGGAGUCGGCAGAGCAGGGAAAGUGAGUCGACCAACGGACACAGUGAGAGAAGGACCUCCAGGCUAAUACUAACGCUAACCCUUAUGUUACUUUGAAGGCUUUGUGAGCACACCUGCAGCAGCUUGACUUCCACUCGUUUAGCCUAUCUAGCGUAGCACCCAACGACCAGGGAGCACUGUAUAGUGAUCCCCAUAGCUUACACCUUCUCCGUGGUACCCCCCCACCACCCCCCCAGUCAUCCAGCUUGGCAUGAAGAUGUGUUUUAGUCUACAGAAGGCUGGACCAAAUACACUGUAAUACACUACAAAGAGAAAGAGAGGGGAUAAUCUGGCAAAAUCAUCAUUAAACCGAUAAUCCACAUCAAGUACAAAGAAGAGAAAGGGGGACAACGACUAAAGGAAGCGGGAAAAGGAUACAGAACAUCCAUUCAAAAUGGCGCAGAUCCCUCAGGUGUGGCACACCCAGGAAGAGAAAGUGGACCUGGAUAUAAUGGGGGCUGUUGGCAGCCAACCCGAGUGCUCCAUCUGCUUCAACACCUACGACAAUGUCUUCAAGACGCCCAAGCUGCUGGACUGUGCCCACACCUUCUGCCUCGAGUGUCUGUCACGCCUCAUGGCCAUUUCACUGGGAGAGCAGGAAGGAGGAGGCAGCAGCAAGAUCCUGUGUCCCUUCUGCCGCCAUCCCACCCUCCUGACCAAGGAGGGUCCCCCGGCCCUGGCCACCAGCAGCGAGGUACUGUGUAAGCUGCCCAGCCACCAGCAGCACGAGGAGCCUGUGUGGCUAGAUGGAGAGAAGCUGUGCUACAAACGGGCCUUGGAGGCCAGCCCCGAGGCCUCUAGCUCCACCUCGACCUUCUGCAUCUGCAUCGACAUAGGGGCCAGCAAAGCAGGCGAGGUCCCGGCUCAGACACACCCCCACAGCACGGCCUUUAUGAGGCGUCUGACCAGCUGUAGGCGGCUGCUGCUCUUCAUGGUGCUGAUGGUGCUGCUAGUGGUCAUCGUGCUGUGGCCCCUGCAGUGCAUCAUCACCACAGGCAACAUGUACUGCAUGCCUCGCCCUGUGGGCUCAAUACAAGGCUCCAUCACCACCACAGCUACCCCAUUUACCAGCAUAAACCAUUCCACAAAGGGAGCCUCUCAUUAAAAUACAUGUAUGUAGUAUGCCAGAUUCCACCGCUGCCACAUACUCCUUCAGCUCCACUAAAGGGUAUCCAGCCACAGCCCCCCCCCCCCCCGGAUAUAGACUGGAUAGAGAACACAACUGUGAGAAACUCUGCGCACUAUCCAGUUGUUUUAGCAAUUGAUAUUGGCAUGCUCAGCGUCAUUAUUCUGACAAGGAAGUUAGAAAUUCAUACAUGAAUUCCAAUUCUGGCACUUUGAUUAACUGAUUUUCCUUUUCUCUUUAUAACGUCAUUUUGCUGUAGAAAUAUAAUAUGUGGAUGAAAUGUGUUGUACUAUUCAGACUACACAGACCAUCUGGGUGAAAUGUAUUCAUAUCUACAUUAUCAGAUCUGAUGGCCACAGUGUAAUCCCAACUCAAAAUGUUCAGUUAAGAAAAAUGUGCAAGUUUAUUGCUGUUUUGAAAAAAUGGUAUGCCAAAACAUGAAAUUGUAAGUGUAUAUACAUGUAUAGUUGAUUGUACUAUUUUGAUAUAUAUUUUGUUUACAAAAUUACAAUAAAUGAAAAACAAAACA